GAAAGCAAAAAACAAACAACAAGGUCUGUGGCGAAUCUGCUGCUGCCAAUAAAGAGUUCCUGUGGAGGAUAGCGUAAGAAAUCCUCAGUCGCUGGUUAACGGACGUUGGGAACGGCCUCUUUCUCGGCGCGGAGAGAACCCAGGAAUUGCUGAGGACAUGAGUGACUGGGUGCCCAUUGCCAAGGAAUACGACCCGCUUAAAGCUGGCAGCAUCGACGGCACAGACGAAGACCCACAUGACCGGGCUGUGUGGCGGGCCAUGCUGGCCCGCUAUGUACCCAACAAAGGCGUUACUGGAGACCCCCUUCUUACCCUGUUUGUGGCACGACUAAACUUGCAGACCAAAGAGGAAAAGUUAAAGGAAGUCUUCUCCCGCUACGGUGACAUCCGGCGGCUGCGGCUGGUUCGAGAUCUAGUGACCGGCUUUUCCAAGGGCUACGCCUUCAUUGAGUACAAGGAGGAGCGGGCCCUGCUGAAGGCCUACCGGGAUGCUGAUGGCUUGGUCAUCGACCAGCACGAGAUAUUCGUGGACUAUGAGCUAGAGCGCACCCUCCGUGGUUGGAUCCCUCGGCGACUGGGUGGAGGGCUGGGUGGGAAAAAGGAAUCUGGGCAGCUGAGGUUUGGGGGCCGGGAUCGGCCUUUCCGAAAGCCCAUCAACUUGCCUGCUGUCAAGAAUGAGCCACAUAGAGAAGGGAAAAGAGAAAGGAGGGAGCGAUCUCGAUCCCGGGACAGACACUGGGACCCCAGACCCAGAGAGAGGGACCAUGACAGGGGCCGAGAGAAACGCUGGCAAGAGAGGGAAAAGGCCAGGGUGUGGCCUGAGAAUGAUUGGGAAAGAGAGAGGGAGUUCAGGGAGGACAGGGCUAAAGGCAGGGACAAGAGGGACAGAAGUAAGUAAAGCCAACAGCAGGCCAUGGAGGCCUACCCAGAGGUCCUGGGCCGCCAUUAGACUGGGGCAGCUCCCUUUCCAGCCCAGAACCCAGGUUCACGCAGACCUAAGAGAGGCUGUGCUUCUGCAGUAUUGAGGCUUGAACUGGAGAGUGUGACUGUGCUAGACAGGUGCCGCACUGCGGGGCACAGAUGGGAGGGGAAACUGCAUGAGCCCAGCUUCUGGGAAACGGAGGCCAGAGUAAAGGUGGUAACAAAGAA